CUGAAUUGGCGCCGCUGCUGCGUCAGAAGCUGCAGCAGCGGCGUGCUGCAGUAAACAUGACUUCGUGGGUGGCUGUCGGCUGCUGCGUCGCUCCGCUACAGCAGCAGCAGCAGCAGCAGCAGCAGCAGCAGCGACAGCGGGGGAGACACAGGCAGCAGAGUAUCCUGCGUAGGCAGCUUUGGCUGCAGCAGCAAGGGAUAGCAAGCGACGGCAGCAGCACGUGGUGUACGUACACCCCAGUUGCAGCAAUACGAGUGGAGAGGGUUGCAGUAUGCCUCGAUGACUACAGAAGAGCAGCAGCAGCAGCAACAGCAGCAGCAAUCCUGCUGCUGCCGCCGCCGCGAACCACCCAUCAUACCCUACAGCUGCGCAUGCAGUCGUUGCAGGUGCUGCUGUUUGGAGACGACAUGCAGCAGCGACAGCAGCAGCAGCAGCAGCAGCAGCAACGGCUUCUGCUGCAGGACAGACACGUGGUGCGGCAGCAUCUAAUGCGGCUGCGCAAGACCCAUCCAGAGCUCUUCGGGUGUACGGCCAGUUCUGCUGCUGCUGCUGCUGCUGCCGCUGCAGCAGAGCAGCCUGUGCUGCUGCUCUCCUCAGACCAGGUGGACCUACACUUCGCUUCCUUCAUUCUGACUGCAACAAAGUCUUUGCAGUGCCCCUCGAGCAGCAGCAACAGCAGCAGCAGCAGCAGCAGCAGCAGCAGCACUGGGGACGGGGAGGCUGAACAUGUGCGCCGGCUGAUGCUCCAGCCACAGAACGUUACAAUACGCUUUGCACAAAGCGCAGCAGCAGCAGCAGCAGCAGCAACUGCAGCAGCAGCAUGGGCCCACAAAGUGUUCGGCCCGGAUGAGGCGGUGGCUUUUGCUGCUGCUGCUGCUGCUAUAUACAAAGAGCACACCGCAUGCAGCCGCUAUAGAGAAACCUGCAGCAGCAGCAGCAGCCCACGCAGCAGCACCAGUCCGACAAGCAGCAGCAGGAUGCAGCAGCAGCAGAAGCAACCACGCAAGCUGCAGCUGCAACUCGAAGUCAGUUUGUUAAAAGACCUGCAGCUGGAGUUCGCCCUGGAGGGCCUCUUGCUGCUGCGGCUGCUGCUGCCCGCGCUGCACUUGGGCACGGCUGUCAGGUAUCAAGCAGCAGCAGCAGCAGCAGCAGCAGCAGCAGCAACUGCAACGGAAGCAGAAGGUGCGGAUGCGCAGACACCUGGCGGAUCACCUCUCCUGAGCAACGAUUCAUCAAAGGAAGCAGCAGCAGCAGCAGCAGCAGGAGCAGCAACACCUGCUGCGAGCAGCAGCUGCCUCCUCCCGCAGCUGCUGUCGGCGGACUGCUUGCUGCAACUGAGGCGCGGGCUUUGCUGCCUGGUAUACGGGCUGACACCAGCAGGUACACCGUCUGCUGCAGCAGCAGCAGCAGCUGCUGCUGCUGCUGAUGCUGCUUCUCAGCCGCUGCUGCAGUUGGCUCAAGUCUUUGCGAGAGUAAACGUCUUUUUCCAGCAGCAGCAGCAGCAGCAGCAGGAGCAGCAGCAGCACCACCAAGCAGAGGAGGAGGAGCAGCAGCAACUGAAGGUGGAUGCGCAGAUGUUUGUCAGGGGCAUCGACGAUGAUGGGCAGCAGCAGCAGCAGCAGCAGCAGUAUGAGCAGCGAGCGAGGGACCAGAAGCGUAGCCCCACACAUAGUUGGGGGAGACAACACGCGCAGCAGCAGCAGCAGCAGCAGCAGCAGCUCUCACUCAACCUAACCCCGCAACACAUUAUCCUGCUGCUGCAGCUGCUGUUUGGCAGCAGCAGCGGCGGGCCUUGGCCUGGCAACCUUACUCCUGCUGCAGCAGAGCAGCAGCAGCAUCAGGAUGAAGAGCAGCAGCAGCAGCACGGAGACGAAGAGGAGCAGCAGCAGCAGCAGCAGCAGCAGAGCAGCCGGUUCGUUGCAGUGUACAGACAGCUCCGGCAGCAAGCCGACAUCCUCUUCAAGCUGAGAGCAGCAGCACGAGACCUUCACCUCAGAGUUAACUUCGCCCGCUGCAGUCUUGCUGCUGCUGAGCUGCACGAUCUGCUGCUGCUGCGGCGACAGCCCGCUGUGGCGCCUGCGAGCAGCAGCAGCCCGAGGGGGCGCAGCUACGGCAGCGGCAGCAGUAGGUACCGCAGCGCAGCAGCACGAGCAGCAGCAGCAGCAGCUGCUGCUGCUGCUGCUGCUGAUGCAGCCGUUGGUGCAUCACCAGCAGCAGCCGUCGCCACAGGCUAUCAGCAGCAAGGCAGUGGGGCUUCAGAAGAGCUGUGGGCGCAACAGAAGCAGCAGCAGCAACAGCAGCAGCAGCAGCAGCAGCAGCAGCAGCAGCAUCACAAGAGCGGAGGCCCAGUAGAGCUGCUGCGCAAAGGCUUCGCCAGCCUCCGUAACAAGCCCUCAACAGAAUGGGGGGGACUGACAGACAGCAGCAGCAGCGGGAGCGAGUAUUUUGCUGCAGCAGGCAGCAGCAGCACGAAGACACGCUCGCACGGGCAUCAUCAUCAGCAGCAGCGGAGGCUGCUGCUGCAGGGGGAUCUAUGGAAAAGUGUUUCGUGGGACUACCGACCGGGCGGGCAGCAGCGGCAGCAGCAGAAGCAGCAGCAGCAGCAGCAGCAGCAGCAGCAGCGAAAGCAGCACCGGCUCGGGCGCGAGGUGUCAAUGCAGCUGCAGCAGCAGGGGUUGUGGUUUGAGGGGCUGCAUACGUGGUCUGGUGAGGGCAGAGGGGGAGGCUUGCUGCAGGAGGAGUGGGGCAGCAGCAGCAACCUCAGCAGCAGCAACAGCAGCAGCAACUUGAGCAGCAGCGAUGCAUUCUGCUGCUCCUCAGACUCGGCCCCCUCCGCAGCAGAGGCAACGAAGCCAGAAGUACCCGCUAAGGAGGAAAAAGCUGCAGCAGCAGCAACAGCAGCAGCAGCAGCAGCAGCAAAAGCAGCAGCAGCAGCAACUCCUGUCUGCACUUCUGCUGAUGUCCUAGAAGACAUAAAGCUGAACCAGAUGAGACAGAGUGUUGUGCUGCUGCGGCAUUUGCUGCUGUGCUUCGAGUGCGACGACUUGCCCCUGAGCUGCAGCAGCAGCAGCAGCAGCAGCAGCCGCAGGCAGCGGGCCUAUGCUGGCUGGUAUCUGCACGCACAGCAGCGCCAAGCAGAGCAGCAGCAGCAGCAGCAGCAGCAGCAGCAAUUCGGUGCUGCUGUUUGCCGCCUGUGGGGCAUACAACUCCCCCCCUGUCUCCCGCUGCCCUCUCCGCACUUGCUGCCGCUGCUGCGCAUUCCUGGUGUUCGUGUAGAGCGACAGAAACUCCCGCAGCAGCAGCAGCAGCAGCAGCAGCAGCAGCAGCAGAAGGACCCUUCCCAAGCUGCGUGCAUGCUGCUGCACUGUCCCUUCGUGCUGCUCUCCCCCACAACUCUCGCCCUCGUCUUCAGGUGUAUAGACAGCGCAGAUGCAGCACGGCAGCAACUGGAGCCGUACUUGCAGCAGCUGCUGCCAUCGAAGAAUCCGCAGCAGAACCCGCAGCAGCCACAGCAGCAGCAGCAGCAGCAGCAGCAGCAGCAGCAGCAGAACACACGCCGCCGCAAGCGGCAUCUGCAGCAGCAGCAGCGACAGAUGUCUUAUGGUGCAAUUGACUUAACACUGAGGUGUAUAUACCCCCAGGUAAGCCUACACUAUAUUGAGCUGCAGCGGGGGCAGCAGCAGCAGCUGCUGCAGGAGAUAGCUGCGCCCCCGAUCAACCACAGCCGCAGCAGCAACAUAAGCAACCGCGCAGCAGCAGCAGCACCAGCACCUGCUGCUGCUGCUGCAGCAGGAGAUAUUCUUUAUGCGGAGACAGCAGACAGCUGCAGCGCAGCAGGGAGAUGCUGCCAGAUUUCAGCAGCAAUGGCUGUGAACCCGCUGCCGCUGCUGCAGCAGCACUCGCGGCUGGUGGAGGUUAUGUGGGCAGACAACAACAAGAUAGCAGCAGCAGCAGCACCAGCACCAGCAGCAGCAGCAGCAACAGCAGCAGCAGCAGCAGCAGCAGAGGGAGAUGCUAGUGCAGCCGAGGGCUCAGAGAUGCCCCACAGCUGCCGGGGGCAGCAGCCCUGUGCUGCUGCUGCUGCAGCACGACAUGCUGCGUGGACAGCAGCAGCAGAAGCAGCAGCCCAAAGACCCCGCAGCAACCACCAAAAACUCAGCAGCAGCAGAAGCAGCAGCAGAAGCAACAGCAGCAAACCUCACGGGGGAUCAUCGGACUCAUGCGGGGCCUCCUCUGCAGCAAGACAUACACCGCAGCUGCGUGGUGUCUGCGGCUGCUGCUGCCGCGCUGCUGCAGAAGCAGGCUCAGGGGGGGCUGGGACAGCAGCAACAGCAGCAGCAGCAGCAGCAGCAGAUCCGGCUGUGUUGCCAUCGCUGCUGCUGCUGCCGCUGCCUGACCCUGACCCUGCUCUGUGUGCCCCUAUAGAGCUCAUCCAGCACACGUACAGCAGCAGCAGCAGCAGCGACUUGCGCUAUGCUCUUUCAGGUGUACAGACAGCUCAGUUUGUGUUUUCUACUCCCCUGGCUGUUGCUAAGGCCAGGCUGGAGGUUGCUGCUGAGGCCGUAGCUGCUGCUCCUGCAGCGGGACGGAGGAAGCAGCAGCAGCAGCAGCAAGUGCAGCAGCAGCAGCAAGUGCAGCAGCAGCAGCAGCAGCAAGUGCAGCAACAGCUGCUGCAGCAGCACUUGCUGCUGGUUGAUCUGGUUUGUCGUGUGGGGCCCGUGUGCGGCUCUGUCGGCGCUCUUCACGUGGCUGGGCUGCUGUGGCACUUGCCGCUGGCUGCUGCUGCUGCACCUCCGUCUGCUGCUGCUGCUGCUGCAGCACGGCAGCGCAACAAAGGCGACACGCACAGCAGCAGCAGCAGCAGCAGCAGCAGCAGCAGCAAAAGCCCUGCACGCUACUUCCUCCCCGACCAGCUCGCGGCCGUCUGUCUCACCAGCAGCGACAGCGAACACCCAGCGACCCCUCUUGCUGCUGCUGCUGCAGCAGCACCAGCCACAGCCCCCCCAUCACCUGUUGCAGCAACAGGAGGUCGUGCGUUGCCAGGGCCCAGCAGCAGCAGCAGCAGCAGCAGCAAGUGCAGCAGCAGCAGGAUGGGCAACGAUUGUGGCACGCAUCAGCAGCAGCAGGAGGCGCAAGCGAAAGGUGUAUGGGGGGAUCCAAGCAACAGCAGCAGCAGCAGCAGCAGCAGCAGCAGUUCAAGUUCUGCUGCAGUGUCUCAGCUGCUGCGCCCCGUUCUAUGUAUAAAAGAUGUGUGCUGUAUACUUGCUCUGUCUCUCCCGCAGCUCGGCUGCAGCUGCAAGCUGCUCUGCGGCAACUGUCUCUUUGCUGCUCACGCGGAGAGCUUCGCCAUGCUGCAGCAGCUCGUACACCGCAUGCUGCUGGCCUGCAACACCAGCAGGACAAGACCUGCAGCAGCUGCAGCAGCAGCAGCAGCUGCUGCUGCUGCUGCUGCUGCCGUUGCUGCUCAAACAGGAACGGUCUAUCCAGCUCCACCCGCUACUGCUGCUGCUGCUGCUGCUGCAGACAAACAGCAGCAGCAGACAGCAGAUGAUUUGUCAGAUGGAAGCAGCAAGCUGGAUGCAAACGAGAACACAGCAGCAGCAGCAGCAGCAGCAGCAAAAGGAGCAAGAGCAGCAGGCCAAGCAGCAGGUGGUGCUGCUCCGCCAGGAGCACCAGAGAACGCCAAUCCGUCAGGGGUCCCUCAGCAGCAGCAGCAGCAGCAGCAGCAGCAGCAAAGGCGUCUGCGCCCCUCUGCUGCUCGCAAGCUGUUGCAUGCGUUCUUAGAAGAGGAAGCAGCAGACCUCGGCCACGCGCAGCUGCCUGUGGGGGGGGGAGGGUCUGCGGUGCCGCGGCUGCAGCAGCUGCAGCAGCUGCAGCAGCCAGCAGCAACUGCAGCUGCUGCUGCACACUCUGAGCAGCAGCAGCAGCAACAAACCCAGACUAAACAAAGACGCCGACAGAUAUCCAUAGGGAUCCUCAUUGAAGAGAUAUGCUGCUCGCUGUUGAGCAGCACCACGAACCUCCCCUUCUGCUGCGUCUGCUGCAGCGACGCUGCAUGCAGCCUGCAGCUGCUGCUGCAGGACGAGAGGCAUCUGCAGCUGGAGGUGGACUUGGCGGACUGGAGGGUCUUAGACCUCUGCCCGAAGCCAGCAGCAGCAGCAGCUGCUGCUGCUACUGCUGCUGCUGCUGCUGCUGCUCCUGGCACCAACAGCGAGAUGCAGCAGAAACCCCAGCAGCAGCAGCGACGCCUCGCCCCCUGGUCAAGCAAACUGCACCGCAAAGUUGCUGCAGCUGACGCAGGAGCAGCAACAUCCGCUGCUGCUGCUGCUGCUGCUGCUGCUGCUGCUGAAGGUGCAGCUGAGCCUGCUACUGAUACUGCUUCUGUACGCGCACCUGAACCUGCUGCUGAUGCUGCUGCAGGCCCUGGGGGGCAGCCAACUCGUACUGCUUCUUGCUCUGAAGAGGCCCUAGCGACAGCAGCAGAAGCAGCAGCAGCGAGAGCAGCAGCAGCAGCAGGAGACCUGCAUGCAGCAGCAGCAGCAGCAGCAGCAGGACGUCCGUCCCCCGCACCAAAAGCUCCCGGUAGAGUCCGCGCGAAGCUGCAGCAGCUGCUGCCAGCAAUGAAGCAGCGUGCUGCUGCUGCUGCUGCUGCUCCAGCUGCGCAGCUGCAUCGCCUUGUCUCUCACGCAACAGCAGCAGCAGCAGCACACAGAGCUGCUGGCUUAGGCAGCCGCAUGCAGUCUGCAGCAUCUGCUGAUUUCCUUGAGGGACGUGCAGCAGCAGAAGUAGAAGCAGCAGACGCACGUGCAGCAGCAGCAGCUACAGCAGCUGCUAGUGCUGCUGAUGCUGCUGCUGCUGCUGCUGCUGCUGCUGAUGCUGGCCCCUCAAAGUGCAGCAGAAGUAGAAGCAGCAGACGCACGUGCAGCAGCAGCGAUGAGGAAGCAUCAGGGGCAGUGGGCACGCUGGCGCCCUACUCAGAUGACGAGCACACAGUGCUGACGUCUAGCAGCAGCAGCAGCAGCAGCAGCAGUGAGUCGAAGCUGCAUGAAGCAGCAGCAGAUGCAGCAGCAGCAGAGGCAGAAGACACAGCAGCAGCAGAUGCAGCAACAGAAGAGGCAGCAGCAGAAGAGGCAGUAACAGAAGAGGCAGCAGCAGCAGCAGCAGCAGCAGCAGCAGCAGCAGAAGCAAUCGUAGAAGAAGAGGCUUCGCUGCUUCUGAAGCUGCGCGAGCAGUUUGCUGCAGAGACAUCUUCGAUAGCAGCACAUGAAGAAACUGCAGCAGCAGCAGCAGCAGCAGCAGCGGGAGGGACUGAAGCACCUGCAGCGACCCCGGGGAGCCCUGAAGCAGCAGCAGCAGCAGCAGAAGCAGCAGCAGCAGCAGCAGCAGCAGACCUGUUUGAUUCCUUCCCCGUCACAGCUGUUGGGAGAGAAGCUGACGAAGCAAAGCAGGAGCUGCUGCGGGGGCUGCAGAAGGAGCAGCGGGAGCGCACGCGAGAGAGGGAGGAGCAGCAGCAGCAGCAGGAACAGCAGGAACAGCAGCAGCAGCAGCAGCAACAGCAGCAGAAACGACAGCAGCACGAGCUGGAGGAAGAGGAGCAGCAGCAGCGACGACGCAUGCAGCUGUCGCAGCCCGCUUUCUCUGUCUCUUACUUUUUGGGUAUUGUGCUGCCUGCGGGUGUGAAGGCAGUGCGUAUCAUCUCUCCUCUCUUUGAGCUGCAGACACAGCAGCAGCAGCAGCAGCAGCAGCAGCAGCAGCAGCAGCAGCGGGAUGCAGCAGCAGCAGCAGCAACUGAAGACAACGUGGGGGCUGAUGUAUGGAGACAGAAAGAAGGCCUCACCCACAGACUGUCAGCUCACGCUGUCUCUCUUCGCUGCAGCCACAGAUUUGUUGUUCUAGAUUGCGGCCGCUUUCAGGUAUUUGACUAUUUGCUGCUGCACAUCGACCCCGUGCGGGUGUCUCUGACGUCUGCAUUCGUGGAGUGUAUCUACAGCUUCUUCUUUCCUCCUGCUGCACCCCAAGCAGCAGAUGCUGUUGCUCUUCUCGCCCCUUCAUUCAAGUGGCCUGCUGCAGCAGCAGCAGCUGCUGCUGCUGGCAGCUUCUGCAGCCAAAGCUCAGGAGAACUCGCUUCACCGACUGAAGCAGCAGUUGCUGCUGCUGCUUCGGUUGAUGUGGCGGUGCUGCGGAGGGGCCAAGGAGCAGCAGCAGCAGCAGCAGCAGCAAGGGGAGAGCAGGCACAUCUUUCAUGGACGGGGUCAAGAAGCAGCAGCUUAUUGGGGAGCCAGGCAGGGGCCCAGAGAGGAGCAGCAGCAGCAGCAGCAGCAACAGCAGCAGAUUCAUCACGGCGGCUGCCCGCGAGACCCCAGCAGCAGCAGCAGCAGCCUGCGUUGCUGCCGCAGCAGCAGCAGCAGGCACAGCAGCAGCAGGAUCCAGGCCUUGGGGUGUACUUCCGCUUCGUCCGAGUCUCUCCUUUUGCUGCUGCUGUAACAUACAGAGGCGCUAUCCGGCUGGACAACGUGUUGGUGGAGCUUCGCGCGUUCGAGGUUCAGCACAAACUCAAACCCUUCAAAACCCUCAUCGAUAAAUAUAUCUGGUUCCUAGGCAAACAAGCAACGGGUCGCGUGAUAAGCCACAAGCUGCUGCUGCUGCUGAAGCGAAAGAGGCAGCAUGCAGGGGAGAGCUUCUCGGAUAUGAAGAAGAUGGAUCUGCUGUUUGGGUCUCGAUAG